CAUACUUGAACCACGCGCGCACCAGCAACCAACAACCAACUCAAUUGUCUCACUCCCAUCUCAUCUCAACUCCAUCCAACCUCAUCUCUCAAUGAUCUCCGUGCCAGGCCGUGAGGUCCUGCAGGCAAUGAAACGAGUCGAUAUUCAGAAGUUGUGCAAAGAAUACGGCGUAAAGGCAAACCUCAAGACAGAAGCUCUUAUAGAACUUUUGCUCCAUGCAUCACAACCCCAACCUCCCCGAAGAACUCUUCCGCAACCUCUUCCGCGAUCUACAUCUGUCAGAAUAGCAAAUCAACCCGGUGCUAGACCUCGUGGACGCUCUAGUGGAUCUGUAAUUAUUCAUGAUACAGACGAAGAAGAAGAAGCUAUCGAAGACAUAGAAAUUGAACAGCAGCCGGAGGAACACAAACCCCCGCCGGCCCCUGUUGAUCCCGCCCCGAGGACGCGCAAAGCCAAAGAUACCCAAUAUCGUCUGGGUGUUGGUCGACCAAUCAUUGCCGGAGGUAGCGGUGCCCGUGCUGUAACUAAAUCUGUCGGUGUCUCGAGAGGGAGCAAGAGGACGAAAAGCAUAAAAAAUGUCAAGCCAUCAGAAGACACCAUCGCUGAAGAGCCAGAACCAGAGCCAGAGCCAACACCGGCCGUAGCAUCAUCAGAACAAGAAGGACCGAGCGGCACUUCGUUAGUGCCCCAACCACACUCCAUACCGCUGCAGACGCAUACUGCAGGCAUGACAGGGUCUUCGUCCUCACAGAUAGUCGAGAACGCUGUGGCUGCAGCUCUUGCUCCGGUACAUAAGGAGCUGGAGGAUCAGAAAGCUCAGCUGUCUGAGCUAAGAGACAAAGUGUCGAGCAUCAUCGAGACAUUCGAAACACAAAUUCGGGGCCUCACGGUGGAGAUUGAACGCCUACGGGCACAACCGCCUGGACAUACUGCUGAAAUUCAGAGACAUAAAGAGAUUUCCCAACGAAUACCAAAUCCUCCAUCAACCCCUAAACGCGUACGAAGUCCAGUCGGUUCUCUUGGCGAUGUUUAUGUGGAGCAACCAGAGCCAUCUGUAACCUCUAGCGAUUCUCCAAAUCCCAAUGGCUUACUCGGUCACCAAGGGGGAGAUACAGAUAACCCGAACCAGGCGGGGUCGCUUCUUCCUGGCUUUCACACCACUCUUGGGAAGCGCCCUCGAGAUUCUAAUACCAGUACCGCUACUGCGUUUUUUGAGCUUGGACAAGAGGAAGAGCUUUCUGAAGCUGAGAUUGUGAAGAGAAUUGCUCGGCCCGCUCAGAAGCGUGCUAAAUUAGGCCUCUCCGACAUUACGGAGGUUGCAGAUGAACGCUCGGGUCCGUCGUUAGGUGCACAGGGAAGUCAAGACACCGAUGCUGGCCCAUCACAACCCUCUGUUGGAAUUGUGGUCCCGAAGUUUGGUGAUCCUGGUUGCCAAGAUUCGCCUCCGCCCACAGCAAGCCUCCUUGAUUUCUUCGCACUACCUUCACCUCCGUUGAUGAACGCACCCACCGCUGUGGGAGCGCCUCCAGAUACUUUCCGUUUUGGUUAUAUAACCACAUCCACUCCAGCUCGCUUUACUUUCCCCACGGCAAUGGGAACAUUCCCACAUCCUGAACCCCCUACAUCCCCAUCACCAGCAAAUAACGUGGAUCGACCACGCAGUCGUCAAUCAGAGCACUUCGGGAUUUUUGGACAUCACCGCGGUAGUUCUGGAACGACCGCCAGGAGUGGAUCAGGGGGGCCGACAGGUGGACAAGAAAGUGGCGUAAAUCCCUCGAUGAGGGCCGGUACUAUGCAGAGACAGCCGUCGAGCAAUGAGGUGGCUUCGGGCUUGGGACUGACUGUACUGCGCACGGCGGCGACGGAAGAAGGCACUCCAGUACCUCCCGCACGCCGUACCAUGUACGGGACUGAAUUAGAUAGUGAUACUCGGUUUGGUGAUUUUGGAGUCGAGGGUGUAGCGUCUGGCUUUUGGGCUGGAGGUAGGCGCUGAUUGUGAAUUGUUUCGGAUGUUUAUUUUUUUCUUUCACCGUCGGUUUCGACUACAUAUCUACAUCACUCUAAUAUACUUGAUUAUCAUUCCUACGCACACAGCUGUGUCAGUAGAUCAGAUGUAUUUUUGCAUCAUCCUGUAUUGUUACUUUGCUUUACUUUCCAUU